AUGUGGAUCGCCCACCUUGUUCCCCAACAGCGGAAGAACGCGCACGUUUCACCGCCACCAAAACCCGGGAAACCACCAGGGCAAUCUUCGCGCCGGUCAAUUGGUCCCACCUCUUGCGUCUCCAAACUUAUGCGGCACGUAGCGUUAACGUGCUUAUUUCAUGCGCGGCAGCCCCGUCUAUGCCAACAUGCGCAUGGGCGUGGCUGCGCCAAGAAAAUGGUACUUUCCAGGAUCACGGACACGGUCGAGAUACAUAGAAAUAUCCAUUGCCACGUGAUGAUCGGCAAGCGCCCGGGCAGGGAGCAGCAAGCAACCCACCAAGCAAUACAGACGUUGAUAAUCCUGGUGGAUUCUAGCAAGGCCUUCGACACUGUGGAUCCCUUGAUUCUCCCGAAGAGAACACAGAGUUUCCCCGGCACCCGCUUAAAGCACUGGCUCCGAAACUUCCUUGCACACCGCUAUGCGCAAGCAAAGCUUGGAAACCCAUUAGGCCAACAGUAUGCCCUAAAGGCUUGUGUCCCCAAGGAGCUGCUCUUGCACUGCAACCAUCCCCCCUGCAAGCCACUCCUCCCAGAGUUGUUGGUAACCCUAUUCCCUUACGCACAGUUCGGCAUGUACGCGGACGACCUGGCCAUCACCAUUCCAUGUCGUGGGCGGAAUUCUGGCGUAAGGAUCGGCAACACGGUCCUUGGAAAAGUGGCGGCGUGGUCGAAAGACAGCGGCAUGUGGAUAAAUCCGCAAAAAGGCGAAGCACUGUUUCGCACACCCCCGAGCCACACGGACGAAGAGAAAGUGUUCGACCCACUUUUCCUCGGAGGGCACGGGGUCACUGUUUCACUGUUCGGUGGCAAAAAGAAUCCCAAGCGUAUUGAUCUUCAACCGGGUGCCCGAGCCAAACACAACGCCAAUGCGACGCAUGCGCAAAAGCAACUGGGACCGCAGGGGGUGCAGUUGUGUCGUGUUGAAAACCGCCGGUUUUUGCCCUCGCCGCACGAUGUGAGACAGUUUCCCCCUGGCCAUGGUGGCUCCAGGCCGCCGGAUGGAGGGAAAUGCAAGGCGAGGCCAAAUCCAAGCUGA